UUGUACCAAAUGUUAUUCGCAAAUAUAGUUCAAGUAGAUUAGUCGAAGUUAAAGUAAAAACGAGUUUAUCAGUAACUAAAAUGAGUGCAAAGGAAAACCAGAUGCGUCAAUCUACGCCAAAUCGUUCAAAUCGUUCUGACUCAAGCUCAUCCGGCUUCAUCGACGAUUACUCACAACUUCGACUAUCGUAUUACCAGCACAGAGGUGCUAUCUCAGACGUAACUGACAUUUCUGAAGACACGUCUGCCGAGGAGACGCACACGUUUGAAACGGUGGAAACAAGCUUGAGUGAAACCUCCGUCACCGUCGACGAGAAAGAAGCCAGACGACAGAAACUACGGGAUUAUUACAUUUCUCAAAUCCCGGAUCUGCCGCAUCCAUCAUACGUCGUGGCAUCCAUAAUCUCGUCAGCAUCACACAAGAUGGGAUCCAUUCACCUCAGAUAUAAUGACAGAAUCGAACAAGGCAAGGUCCCUGAUUCACGAAAUGAUUUGAAAUUUGAUCCUGAACGUAGAUCGACGUUGAAACCCAAUCAGUUUCCGAAAUGAACUGUUUACGUGAUAUUUUUUAAAUGAUUUUGAUGUUGAUCGUCGAUUGUGAUCGCGAAUUGAACUAAGUGUAAAUGCAUGUGUUAUUUUUAUGAUUUAAUUAUAAUUAUAGUGGACAGUGUAUGAAUAUCGACAAUUAUAUAGUUUUGAC